CUGUGCCCCCGCUGCUGCCCCCGCCCAGUACUCCAGCCCCUGCCGCCCCCACUGCCACCGUCCGACCUAUGCCUCAGGCUGCCCCAGACCCAAAGGCCAACUUCUCCGCCAAUAACAGCAACCCAGGGGUGCGGCCACCAUCCCUGAGGGCCACUGCUCGGCUGCCACAGAGGGGCUGCCCAGGGGAUGGGCAAGAGGCUGCUCGGCCAGCAGACAAGGUCCAGAUGCUGCAGGCCAUGGUGCAUGGGGUGACCACAGAGGAGUGCCAGGCGGCCCUGCAGAGCCACAGCUGGAGUGUUCAGAGGGCUGCCCAGUAUCUGAAGGUACCAUCACUUCCUGCCUGCCCUGGCAUUCAGGGGCCCUGCGAGCUGGUUCUGCUGUACCUGACCCUACCCUCUGGCUCUAUGUCCUGUGCCCUGUGCUAUUCUGGUACCCGUGGCUCCAGUGUGUCUAAUGCAACAUCGCCCUCUGCCCUCAGGUAG